CGGACAAAACACGGCGUAUGCGAAAUCAUCCACAAACUCCUCAUUUGGAUAAAAACAAUUUGCAUCUGCGUACUUAAAAAAGCAAGCGCAGAGUAAUUCCUUCCGAUGCCUCCAAUGAGCCUUACAGCAACCAGCGCUCAAGCCGUACAACAUCAACAACAACAACAACAGCAGCAGCAACGCUCCCCAAAAUGUGCUCGCUGUAGAAACCAUGGUGUAAUCUCGAUCCUCAAAGGGCACAAACGAUUCUGCAAAUGGAAAGACUGCACGUGUGCYGAUUGCAACCUCAUUGCAGAGAGACAACGUGUCAUGGCGGCACARGUYGCACUGAGACGACAACAAGAAAGUGAAGAAGCUACAACAAGCUAUCCUUAUAAUCUCUACCGCCGCUCUCCACUAGCGAAUACCCACGACCAGACUUCUCCCAAUGAUUCUUUUAGACAAGACUCAGAACAUCAACAAUGUCCAACAUCGCCAAGCUCUAGUAUUGGUAGUGCAGCCACAAAUAGUGAUCGGACGUCGCCCUGCUCUACACCAACUAAYACWAGAGGUACGUCAGCUUUUGUAUACAAAGAAGUUUUUAUCAAGUCAGUAGGAAAAUUCAAUGCGGUUGAAAAUGAUGACUCCAUGAUGGAAAACAACUACGAAAACCGAUUAAAACGACAACGCUCCGAGGAMGACGAUCAUAYAACAACCGGGCUCCACCGACAAYCUCCCGACGGCAAACGAACGCGGACGAAAAGUAUCGACCUCGGCUACGUUUACCAAGAUGAAGUUCGCAUAAARGAGCAYACUCGUUACAUGGGAAUYUUGAUGCGCUUGUUUCCAGARCAGAAAAAGAACGUACUGGAACUAAUCCUUAAAGGUUGUGGUGGGGAUCUAGUACAGACAAUCGAGUGUGUUUUGCCGAGUCACGAAGAAGCUCGAGCGCGUGGAAGUAUGCUUCUACCCAGCAUUCCCGCUCUGUAUCCGCCUCCACCCGGUGCACUAAGGAACGGUAUGUCGGUUUUUGGGUCCUUUCCUCAAGGUGUUCGACCAGGUUUUCCAUUAAGCCCSACAGAAAUCCGUCCAUCAGUACAGGGGUGUACAGGGAUGAAAUGUCCUUCGUGUAUCUACUACCCAGGGAUUGGACCAGUUCACGUUCCUAUCAGCCCUAGUCAGAUGAGAGAUCUAUCGCCGCGGUCACCCAGAGACGUGGAAUUACCUACUAGAAGGCUUUCUUUGUCAUCAGAUGAUAGACCACCWUCGACGGAACAAAAGGUSCCYCUAACCUCCMCUACWAAGGAACAUAUAGCGACAUUGGAAGAGUUGCACGAUUCACAACGAGUGCGCAACGCCUCCGCAGCGCUUCUUUCUAUGAGCAAUGGCCACAGUAUGGAGCGCACUUCUGUUAUAAAAGGAAGCGCUUCAAGAGACGAUUGUUCSCCAAAGGACUCUCCUCAUCGCAGCUCGACUAGGUCUUCAUCACCAAGCAAUUAAUAAACUUUCUGAAAACAACGAAGAUUGUUGUCUUCUGAUCAGAACAAAUACGAACAAGGAUGACAUACUUUCAAACUAGUCUGCAGUCGUUCAGUAAUUGCAGAAACAUGAAGAGUUAGAAAUACAAUCAUGAAUUGUCAACGAGAAAACAGUACUGUCUAGGAAGAGUAGAAUUAGAAACAUUGUUUGACUGUUACUAUGAGCAACGGUCACCUUUCACAGGUAUUCCCUUUUUAAUUAAUGAAAUAGAUGCAACGUUAUUCAAUGAGAACUCAAAAUCCUUGAAACAAAAUGAAAUGGCAGAGGUGUAAUAGUCAAGUAGACACAAAACGGAAAGCGGGAUUUCAAUUAGCGAACUCUGAGUAUAUUACGUAAGUCAGUUCUAGUCAAAUAGGGUAGAAACGCCACACUGUUUCUACUAAGCUAUUCUGAAUCAAUAUCAAGCACUUGAACCAACCMGAAUGUAUAAUAAUUUGACAAAGCAGCARGCUAAAAACAGUAGCACRCCCACACMUUUUGUAUACACCAACGACUAAAUUCAAAUUGUGCUGUUGAAGACAUAGAUUAUGUAUAUACUAGCAGGUAAUAAAAUAAAAUUCAUUGAUAAAAAUACAAAUUGUGAUGUUCUUUGGUUUAUGUUUCAAUAGAUAAUUAUWUAUAGCAUAAGUACGGAUUUAUUUUUGCGAAUAGAAUUCAGUCAAACCCAAAUGCCGAUAGGGUAGAUUCAUGUUGUCACACCUAAAAAMGUUUAUGAGAUCUCAGAGUAGAUCAGUAUACGUUUCGUAAUUUCAUCUUUUUAGGAACAUCAUAUACUUACCUAAAAGCUCAAAAUGAUAUCUUUAAGU